CAUAGCAACAACCUUAUAAAGGGAAAGAUGCUCCCUCUCUCUGGCUUCAGUUCAAACAGCAAGUGAAGUCAACACCUCUGUCCUCUCAGACAACAUGCUAAGCCUGAUUAAACUGCCCAGAGUCUUCACCAUCAACCAAGUCCCAAAAGUGUUCCAUGAGGACAGCAUCAUCUCAGGCUAUCGACACCCUCGCAGCUCAGCUACUGACUGCAUCCUCAGCCUCUUCCAGCUGACCAAUGAAACGCUCAAUAUCUGGACACACUUCCUGCCCACAUGGUACUUCUUAUGGAAGCUGCUGACGGUGGUCCUGAUGCGGGACGUGUGGCACGACUCGUUCACAUGGCCCCUCCUGGUGUUCCUGAUGUCGUGCUGUGUGUACCCGCUGGCCUCUAGCUGUGCCCACACCUUUAGCACCAUGUCAACGCGAGCACGACACAUCUGCUUCUUCUUUGACUACGGAGCUCUGAGUCUCUACAGCCUGGGCUCUGCCAUAACAUAUUCUGCCUAUGUGAUUCCUGAUAAGUGGGUGAACAGUUUGUUCCACCAGUACUAUAUCCCCAUCGCUGUGGUAAACACUGUCAUCUGUACCGCCUUAGCCUGCUACUCCAGGCUUGGUUUACCAUAUAUCCAAUAUAACCAUGACAUCAUAAAAAGAUUCUCAGAGUGUAAGAGCCCAAAGUUUGGCAAAUUUCUCCGCAUUCUAGCUUUCGCAUUACCCUACCUGUUUGACAACAUUCCUCUCUUCUACAGGCUCUUCUUGUGUGUGGGUGAGGACUGCACUGACAACGAUACCAACGCUCUCCACCACACCCACAUCGCCCUGGCCUUCCUGACCGCAUUCCUCUUCGCCACACACCUACCAGAGCGCCUGGCCCCUGGCAGCUUCGACUACAUAGGUCACAGCCACCAACUGUUCCACGUGUUCGGCAUAAUCGGCACUCAUUUCCAGAUGGAGGCCAUUGAGCAGGACAUGGUGACGCGACGGCCGUGGCUCCUCACGUAUUCUCUGCCCAUCACCUUCACCAACACACUGGGGGCGGCACUGCUGAGUGUAACCCUCAGCCUUGGCAUCAUCUUCGUCUUUAGUCUGCCUCUGCUCUGGUCAGCCACCCGGGGAGAUCACACUGAGAAGACACAAUCACAUCCAAUAGCCAAGGGCUGCCAGUACCACUAGCACUAGCCAUUAGCCACAUGCUAAUGACAAUGUAUACGGGAUGUAGAAACUGGAUGGUUCAGUUGGUGGAGCAUUGUGCCUGUAAUGCCAGGAUUGUGGAUUCGAUUCACAGGGCCACCCACACGUAAGAUGUAUACAAGCAUGAAUGUAAGUCGCUUGAAUAAGAGUGUCUGCUAAAUGGCAUAUAUUUGUAUUAUAUUACUAUUAAUAAACUGGACACUAUGGUGAGGGUGGGCUUGGAGAAGAGGUGAACAAGUGAAGUGAACCACUAUGACUUCUUGGUGGGGGAUAGAGGUGAAGUCAUGACAAGAUACAAUGCUGAAGGGGCAAUGAACUGUUCUUCACAUUAUGUCAGCAUGGAUGAAUAAACUGGUAGCUGAACAAGAGCUCCAGAUAUACUGCAAUGAGCGACAGACAGUGGUACCUCUGGUAGUAUUACAUUGACUAUAGGACUAGUACACAGUACUAAACACAUAGGCCUUGCUUUUGUUCGCUCAUUUACCAAUGCUACUGAGGAGCAGGAAGAGACUGGAGCAGUGGGAAGUCACAAACAGUUUAUAACAAAUCAAUCCACUGAGGAGCAGGAAGAGACUGGAGCAGUGGGAAGUCAAACUGUAUAUGAAGAAUCAAUCUACUGAGGAGCAGGAAGAGACUGGAACAGUGGGAAGUCAAACUGUAUAUGCAGAAUCAAUCCACUGAAUGUUACUUGAAGAGGAAUUUUCAUAUUCCUUCAAUUUCAUUUUUCUUUCUUUUUAAACACAUCAUUUUUAUACUAAAUAUGUUGAUCACUUGAUUAUUUUUAUACACAAACAAUGGAUAUGUACCACAAACAUAUAUCAACAAUAUUAGGGCCACAGUCUGUAGUCUAAGGGCUGUUAAGUAGAGGGUUUUGGUUGUCUACUGUAAACUAAAAUCAGCACUGAAGGAUACAAUAACUUAUUAAUGAAGUGUACAGUAUGUAUGAUGGUCAGCUACUAAAGUGAAGGUGCCUUUCAGAGAUAAAAUUAUACAUGUCAGAUCGCUUUCUUGUACACUGUUAAGUACAGUAUUAUUUAAAGCAUCACCAAGAUUAUUGUUCUCCCUGUUAGAUAUUAAACAUUU